UCGAUUUUAUUUCUUUGUAUUAAGUCCUGUCUCUUAAAACGUAGCGAUUAUAUUCUCUUUGGACAAAUAUUUGACAUGGCCCUGGCGAAAACUUAAUAUUUUUAUUGUUUUGUAUAUAUAUAUGUGAAAUCAACGAUAGGUUAACAGUGAAAGACCUAAUAUAAAAGAAGUCAGUUUUAAAUGUUUAAAGUAAAAAAGCAUUAACCAACUUGGAUGUAACACCAUAUGAGACGCAAGUUUUAAUUUCAUUCAUCAUGCGUAACCUGGGUGAAGACUGCUAAAAAGUAGUUUAUAAUUAAUUUAAUAGACUAAAACGUAACCAAAUACUAUCUAUAUUACUUAAAGUGUGCAAGAACAAUAUUAUUAGGAUGGAGAUUGAUGAGAAAGAAAUUAUAGAUAUAUCUCAUAAAUUAUCUUCAACACCAAACACUAGUGAUAUCAACAAUUAUAAUUAUAGUAAUCAGAAAAAUGGUACUGACCAACAAUCUGCCCAAAAUGUGCCGAUAAACUCCCAAAUUACUGGUGAAGUAGCACUGACACCGACACACAGCUCAUUCACACCACAACCAGUCAAUCCUCAUACAUCUAUGGUAGCCGUUACCCCAGUCACUAGUGGCACAAACCAAGCCAAAAACAGUAUAAAGUUACAAAAUUGUGUUUCCACAGUAAAUUUAGGUUGUGAAUUGAAAUUGCUGGAUAUUUAUUGUAGAACAAGAUAUUCAGAAUAUAACCCUGCAAGAUUUAACGGUGUAGUGAUGAAAAUUCUUGAUCCUCGUGCCACAGCAUUGGUCUUUAGAUCUGGAAAAGUUGUUUGCACUGGUACCAGGAAUGAACACGACUCUUACCUAGCUGCCAGAAAAUUUGCUAGAAUAAUUCAGAAACUUGGAUUUCCUGUAAGAUUUCUGGACUUCAAAAUUCAAAAUUUUAUAGCAACUGCAGAUUUAAGAUUUCCAAUUAGAUUAGAAGCUCUUCAACAAGCACAUGGCCAGUUUACUAAUUAUGAACCUGAAUUGUUUCCUGGACUGGUUUACAGAAUGGUCCGACCUAGAGUGGUUCUAUUGAUUUUUGUAAAUGGAAAAUUAGUAAUCACAGGUGGUAAAUCCAGGUCAGAAAUUAAAGAGGCGGUAGAUGUAAUUUACCCUGUUUUAAGAAGUUAUAGAAUAAGUUAAAAUCCUAGAUGUAUUUUAAGUGAAUAUCUAAUAAAUGUUUAUGUUCCUAAAUAAUCCUUACUGGAACUUAAAAAGUUUUUUAAUAAUUAAAUCUUACUUUGAAGUCUGACAUGUUUAAAGAUUGUUUUUUUUUUAUAUUAACUUCUUAAUUAAAUAAAGUGCAAAGUAUAACGCAAAAAUACCACAAA